AAAUUGAAUAUAAUCCAGAAGAUUGGUGGUAUCUAUCAGAUCCUGUUGAGCACCUGUAAAAAAGAAUUAUGAUUUUGUUAUUUAUAUUUGGGAUCCUUCUGGGUUCCACCACCUCUAUGGAUGUGACCAUAAAGACCCACUGGAGUGGAGGAAUCACCGGAAGCUUCUGUAUCCCAAUCACCCAGGAGUUACAUGGAUGGACGGCUCAUCUUAUAUUUGAUCAAAAAAUAGAAUCCCUUGAUGUUUGGGUUGCAGACGUGAGUGCAACAAAACAGGGUGGUAAAGAAUUCGUUCUUACUAACAAAGAUUUCAAUGCCGAAGAGAAGGUUGGUGACAAACUUUGCGUUGAUUUUGUUGGUCACACCACGGGUGAUAUUAACCCUACUGCUACUGUUACUAUUGAGGGUAUGGAUGGUAGUGGAAACAAAUUUUCACAUGCACCAGUAACAGGUCGCCCAGUUACAAAACCUGUGAUUGUACCUAUGCCAGGUGGUGAUAGAGGACUUUACGAUUAUUCUAAACCACUCGCUAAUUCCAUCCUCUUUUACGAUGCUCAACGAUCUGGUAAACUUCCAGCUAACAAUCCAAUCAAAUGGAGGGGUGAUUCUGCUUUGAAUGAUGGUUCUGAUGUUGGUGUUGAUCUGACUGGUGGAUGGUAUGAUGCUGGUGAUCAUGUUAAAUUUGGUCUACCAAUGGCCGCCACUGCUCACCUGUUACUGUGGUCUUAUAUCCAAUGGCCUGAUGCAUAUUCCUCUACAAGUCUCACUGACAAGUUCUUUGACAUGAUUAAAUGGCCUUUGGAUUAUUUCUUGAAAUGUUGGAUUCCCGCGAAAAAUGAAUUUUACAUGCAGGUUGGUAAUGGUGAUGAUGAUCAUCACUUCUGGGGUAGAGCUGAAGAUAUGAAAAUGGCCCGACCAUCCUUAAAAGUAACAACAAGUAAACCAGGUAGUGAUGUUGCUGGUGAAACAGCUGCUUCAAUGGCUGCUGGAUAUAUCGCUUUCAAGAAACGAGAUGCUGCAUACGCAACCAAACUAUUAACUGCUGCCAAAUCACUUUACGUCUUUGCUAAAACUUACAAAGGAAAAUAUUCACAGAGUGUUCAAGGCGCUGGACAAUUUUAUUCUUCCAGUGGUUAUGUGGAUGAACUGUGUGAAGCAGCUAUCUGGUUGUACAGAGCUACCAAAGAUCCUAAAUACUUAAGUGAUGCUAAAACAUUCGUGGAGACAGCUUGGGCUUGGGCUUUAUCUUGGGAUGAUAAGAAGGUUGCUUGUCAGUUGAUGUUGUAUCAAGAAACCCAAGAUAGUCAAUACAGCAAAGCUGUAGUAGGAUUCUUUAAAGCCUGGUUACCAAGCGGUGGACAGAUGAAAUAUACACCAUGUGGUUUAGCUUGGAGAGAUCAGUGGGGUUCUACAAGAUAUGCUGCUAACUCCGCCUUUUUGGCUUUAAUGGCUGCCGAUGCUGGUAUAGACGCCACUACCUACAGAAAAUGGGCUCAAAGUCAAAUCAACUACAUUCUUGGACAGAACAACAAAUGUUUCAGUUAUGUCAUCGGUUUUGGUAAAUCAUACCCUAAAAAUCCCCAUCACAGAUCAGCAUCUUGUCCUGAUAUUCCUGAACCAUGCAGCGAGGCUAAUCUUCACACACCAGGAGCCAGUCCACAUUUAUUAAUCGGCGCUAUGGUUGGUGGACCUGAUGCUUCUGAUAAGUACGAAGAUAAAAGAGAAGAUUAUGUCCACAAUGAAGUUGCUUGCGAUUAUAAUUCUGGUCUUCAAUCAACUCUUGCUGGUUUGGUUCAUCUUACUCACACCAAGUCUCUUCCUAAAGCGGAUGCACCGAAAUGUCCAUGUCCCGUUUAAGCAAUCAUUUAGUUAUGUCUUUAAAUAAAGUUUUGUAAAACCA